CGGCCGCCCCUCAAAGGCCUUUCCCGAGGGGAGAGGCCUCCUUUUCCUGGCGGCCAUCUUAGCGCUGAGGCGGGUGGGGGCCGCUCCGGAGCCAAGCCGGGAAGAUGGUGGCCGCCAAGAAGACGAAAAAGUCGCUGGAGUCCAUUAACUCCAGGCUCCAGCUGGUCAUGAAAAGCGGCAAGUACGUGCUGGGCUACAAACAGACGCUGAAAAUGAUCAGGCAAGGCAAAGCCAAACUGGUCAUCCUGGCCAACAACUGCCCGGCUUUAAGAAAAUCAGAGAUCGAGUACUACGCUAUGUUGGCCAAGACCGGGGUCCAUCAUUACAGUGGCAACAAUAUCGAAUUGGGCACAGCGUGCGGAAAAUACUACAGAGUUUGCACUCUAGCGAUCAUCGAUCCAGGUGAUUCCGAUAUCAUUAGGAGCAUGCCAGAACAGACCAGUGAAAAGUAAACCUGACAAAAAAAACAACAACGUGCUCUUUAAUAAAACGGGGCCAGGCUUGUAUUCAA